UGCAGUUUCGAGGUACUGGGACGGGACGGGAGAGCACUAGAGCAGGGUGGAACGGUUGCUGUGGCGGCGGGCUGGCGGCAUUUUAUUGAGGAGAGUCAACAUACGAAGAGAAAAGCGAAGCGACGGUGACAAGGCGAGAACAGAAAAAUGGCGCUGGGUUCACGGAAAUGGGGUUAUGUGCGGAUCAUCAGUGGAACGAUUCUUGGUGGUGUUCUCGGCUUCUAUGUCAUGCACCGCAUGGAGCUCAGCUACAAGGAGAAAAUGAACGAGAGAUUGAAGAAAUACGAGGAGGAGCUCGUAAGGAAAGAAGAGCUGAAGAAGCUCGAUGAGUCUCUCUCUGAGUAGCCAUGUUGCAUUUUUCAAUCUUUUGGUUGGGACAACAGAUCACCAAGCACACAAGUGAUCCUGCAAAGAAGCAAAGCUAAAGACACCUUCUCCAUCGGCAAUGUGGUUCAAGUUUUAGGUUAGUUUCUAUUAGUAUCUCCUUAAAUUUCAGUGUUUUUCUUGAGAGAGUUCUGUUGUUUAUCAGUUCGAUCGUGUAGGGCGGAAUGUGAUAUGAAUUGUUGACUUGGGUUCCUUAACUCAGAGCUGAGUGAUAAUUGUUUCUGGUGUUUUGGUAUACUCUUUUUGGAAUCGCUUGUUUUUGUAAUCAGCGGCUGUAUUGUUGUGGCUUUUGAAGCCUGAUUAGUAGAGGGCACUCUUCUUAGAUUCAUUGACACAUUUUCGUGGGGAGGGCGAUUUCGCUACUCAUUUGGUUGAUAGGUAGUUGCUUAGAAACUUAGGAGUGAGCUAUUAAUAAGUCAGCUAACUAUAAUUUUGAUGUUGG